AUGACUGAAUAUAAGCUCGUCGUCGUCGGAGCUGGCGGCGUGGGCAAAAGUGCAUUGACAAUUCAACUGAUUCAAAAUCAUUUUAUUGAUGAAUAUGAUCCUACAAUCGAGGAUUCCUAUCGGAAACAAGCUGUUGUCGAUGGUGAAACAUGUCUACUUGAUAUUCUUGAUACUGCUGGACAAGAAGAAUAUAGUGCCAUGCGUGACCAGUAUAUGCGUGGUGGUGAAGGAUUCCUAUGUGUAUUUGCAGUUAAUAGUGCAAAAUCAUUUGAAGAAAUAAAACAAUAUCGUGAACAGAUAAAACGUGUUAAAGAUGCUGAUGAUAUUCCUAUGGUUUUGGUGGGAAAUAAAAUUGAUUUACCUACACGUACUAUUGAUUUAUCUUAUGCAAAAGACUUUGCUGCAUCAUUAUCGAUGCCAUUUGUACAAACAUCAGCUAAAACACGGCAAGGUGUUGAAGAAGCAUUUUAUACACUUGUACGAGAAAUACGAAAAUAUAAGGAACGUACACGUAAAGAUCGAAAGGGUCGUAAAAAUAAAAGUAGUGGCACAAAUAUUGGCGGAAAUAAAUCUUCAUCAUUAAAAGAUAAUCGUAGUCAAAGUGCAAAACAACGCAGUGAAAAACGAAGUUGUAUGCUCAUGUAA